AGUGUCCUCCGGUAUACAUAUAUAAGGUUUGCAGAAGAAUAAUCUAACAAUUUCAGCUUGUAAUAUGGACAGCAGUAGUGUCCUCUACUCAUCCUCUCUGACAAGCCCACCGGGCUAUGGUGGCCUGGUGGACAGCAACCAUCACAUGCUCGACCAGAAACCUCAGAUCCCAACGUCUCUACCCUCCACUACAAUGCAUCUAGGCACUACUAGCAAUCUAGUGAUGGCCCCUGCACCACCACCAGGACUUCUGCAUUUAGAUACUGCAAGUGAACUGAAAUAUUUUAUACCGAGAGGGAAAUUCAAAUUCAAAAGAGCUAAGAAAGGAGAAAUUAUUGUUACCCCAGAAAGCGGCGUUAUGCGAAAGUUCAAUGGUACACAAUGGCGGAGAUUAUGUGAAGUCGAUGACUGCUUGAAAGAAGCUCAAAAAUAUAAACUGUGCCAUAAACAUCAUCUGAUUUCUCCCACUCCUAUGCCAAAACGUCAGAAUACUGUGAAGAGGAGUCUGUUCACUGAGUCUAGCAAGUCAGCAUCAAUGGACUUUGAAUACAAACGCAGAAGGAUCCACUCUCAAAGCACUGUUCUUGCUCGUAACCACCACGGGAUUGAUAGGUACGCAAGUAGCAAUGGACUUUUACGCAAACAGUCGAUUGGAGAAGGAAGUACUCGUCCGUCGUGGGAGGAAUUCAUUGAGAGUAAACGGUUGGCCGGUCUGGCCUCACUGGGAAGCUCCAAGAGUAGCACUGCUCCUACCCAUUCUGUCAACACAAACUCUAGUAACUCCAACAACCUGAUGGACAAGGAGAUAUCUGUCACCCAGCAGCUUAGCGCAAGGGGCAAGCAGAGACGCCGCAGAACUGUCUUCACCACCUACCAACUGGAAGAGUUAGAGAAAACAUUCAAAAAGACCCGUUGCCCUAAUGUCUUUAUGAGGGAAAAACUGGCCAUAUUGAUUCACCUCACUGAAGCAAGAGUGCAGGUGUGGUUCCAAAACAGACGUGCAAAAUGGAGGACAGCUGAGAAAGCAACCUCAGGAGAUAAAGGAUCUAAAGCCACGGCAUCCUCCCCCGGCUCCACCACCGCCGCAAGCAGCCCUCAAUUGUGUGCCUCCGAGACCAUAGACAAGACUACACCUCCAGACCACAUUGAAACCAGUUGGGGAGCCACAGCAACAGGCUUCCGUUCACCUACCAGCCCAUCACCCACUUCCAUCCUAAACUCUCCCUCUGAUAAUGGAAUUUCUCCUUUCAACACUCUUCAACUACACACGACCUUUCCUUACAGUUCAUGGACCGUUCAUCACACUCACUGAUAACUGAUAACCCAGUGGCAUCAUUUAUUAUAAUGAUCAUCAGUUUUUGUAUCUAUUAUGAGAUUCUAUAUGAGCAAUACCACUCCUGGCA